AUGGACAAUCCAAAUAAUGAAGAUUACUCUGACUUCUUUAAAGUUGUGUUAGUAGGCGAUGCAGGAGUAGGUAAAACACAUUUAAUGACCAGAUAUGUGAAAGGUUGCCUACCAAAAAAUGCUGUACCCACCAUUGGGAUUGAGUUUGCUGGAAAGACAGUCACUUUAUAAAAUGGCAAAAAGGUUAAGGCAUAAAUUUGGGAUACCGCUGGCUAGGAAAGGUACAGAGGAAUCACAAGCACUCAUUUUCGAAAAGCAGGAGGAGCUUUGGUUGUUUAUGAUGUAACAAAGGAGAAGACAUUUGAAAGUGUUGUUAAGUGGAUGGAAGAUUUGCGAUAUUAAGCUGAGCCAGAUGUGGUUAUAAUGUUAGUCGGUAAUAAAAUAGACUUAGUUGAAAACAAUGGAAGUGCAAGGUUUUUAUAUUUGAUUAUGCAUAGAAAGGUUCAAAAAGAAGAUGCUAAAAAUCUUGCAUAACAGCAUAAAGUAUUGUUUGAAGAAUCAAGUGCUGUCACAGGUUAGAAUGUUGGAUAAUGUUUCGAUAGAUUGCUAUAAGAAAUGUACAAAAUUAAAUCAUUAACUCCUGGAUAAGACAACCCUAAUUAAGGCCUUUCAUUAAACAAUUAAAAUCAGUCCUAAAAUCCUGACAACUGCAAAUGUUGA